GAGCUGCGCGCGCGCACACUCGCCCGCUCUCACUCGCCGUCACGCGCACGAAUUUUCCCGCCCUUUAUAUUUCACCGACGCGUUGCGCGGGCUAUGCGGGUGAAAAAAUUUCAGUUUUCGCAAACUCUUUGUUAGUGGACGAAUUGGAGCGACUCCGCUCGCGGAUGUGACGUGUCUUAGUGCAAAUAUUUUUGUGUAUCAACAUCAGCUGUUUAUCGAUUUUUUUUAAGCAAACAUUGAGGGUAGACAGAACGAGCGAAACAUGAGUACCAAAGACUUCAAAAUAGAGCGCGGAGCGGAACUGUCACCAGAGACGAAGGAGAUAGCAGAGAGGGAGCUGAGGGAAACCCCCGAACGCGUCAGGGAGGCCUUGGAGCGCCUCCGGGAACUCCUCAAGGAGAACGACGACCUCUACUUCGCCGACGACGAUGAAAUACUCACAAUAUUCCUACGCCCCUGUAAGUGGUACCCCGAGAGCGCCAUCGCACUGAUGCGACGUGUAGCACAAUUCAAAAGAGAACACGCUCAACUAUUAGAUGGAUUGAUGCCGGAGCACGAAAAGGACACGUUCCUAAACCACAAAAUUGCUAAUGUAUUAAAAACGCGCGACCACAAAGGCAGGAGAGUGCUUAUCGUUAGUACCGGAAGUGCAUGGGACCCUAAGCAAGUGACCAUGGACCGUGUGUUCAGACUAUUCUACCUUAUACAUCUGUGUGCGUUGUUGGAGCCCGAAACUCAGGUACGAGGCAGCGUCGUCAUCAUGGACUUCAACAAUAUGGGCUGGGCGCAGGUGAUGGCACAAUCACCAGCCGCCGCCAAACGAAUGCUGACGUUCAUUCAAGACGCGAUGCCGUCCAGACUGAAGGAGGUCCACGUCGUCAAGCAGCCUAUGAUCUUCAACGUCGUCUGGAACAUGUUCAAGCCCUUCGUUGGGGAGAAGCUGAAGAAGAGGAUGUACUUCCACGGGUCAAAGAUGUCGUCCCUCCAAAAGCAUAUCCCCGCCAGCCACCUGCCGGCGGACUACGGAGGCGACCUCCCCGCGAUCGACUACGGCGGCGCGGAUUGGUACCCGGCCAUCGACGAUGCGUUACCUCAUCUCAAGAACUGGGACACAUUCGGGUUCGUCAAGAAGUAGAUAGCAUUUGUUUCACUGCCGUCAUACUGAAAAAAGCAACUGAUAUUUCUUGCGAACUUGAGCAAUAUUGACAUUCUAUCUGGGUCUCCAGUUAGCGUUAGCGUUCAUCCCAAUCGAGACACACUACAGAGCUAUAGGAGAAGAUGUCGUCCAGUAGAAAAGUGGAUGGAAGAUAUUAAGAACGAACGACAUCUUUACGUCGUAACUUGAUGAGAAAGGCUAGAGACAAGGAGUAAUGGACGAAGAUGGAUGAGGCCAAAAUUCUAAUAGGGGUGAAGCAAGGGCUGUACCUAAUGAUACUUUUUUCGUAUGACAGCAGCUUAGCUGUAGCUGUAUGUAGUGUAGUUAAAUAAUGCUGAGACCUGAGCUGAAAAGAUGUCAGCAGAUUUGUUUGUAUAGAGUAUUCAAUACGACAAAUGAGGAUUAUACAUAGUUUAGUGAAACUCCAACAGAGAAUGCACAACUGUGAUGAAUUAAUUAUGAAACGGCAGCAAAAUAUAAGCAACUGAAUGUAAAUAUUGUCUUUUGUGUGGAUAAAUGUUAUUUAAUUGCCAUGAAACGAGCACCAGUAGUAUAAUAUGGAAUAGCUUAGGUAUAGAAUAGGCUAUAGCAUAAAAAUGAGCUGAACUGCCAAAAAUGUUGAGUGGAUUAAUAAGUCAACGACUUUAACAAAAGUUUCUGUCAUGAAAAGUUUUUUAACCACAAAUUCCAAUGUGCGUACAUUGGAAUUUUUCGGUUAAUUUAUUUUGAUUGUGGCCAAAAAGUUAUUUUAACUUUUCAGUCACAAUAAGACAUUAAAAUGCAAUGGAUAUUAUGGUAAUUACAGAUGAAUAAUAUGAAUCAAUUUGUAUCUGGAGUAUUUUGUUGUGAAAAUGUACUAACAUUAGGUAUAAUCUUUAAUUUCCUAUUUAUCAUUUUCUCCUACGCUAAAAGUUAGUUAAUUCUGUUUGUCAUCUUAAGUGAACCUGGUAAUACACAGCUCAUGUAUAAUUUUCAAAUAGGUAUAUUGUAUACAAUGGCAAAGCCUGUUUGAUUUGAGUUGAUCCUUGUUGAUAAGGUAUCUGAUAGCCUAUAUACGUCUGAUAGUCUUUAUGUAAUAUAUAUUUUACAAGUGUUGGAUAAGGCUUACUAGCCAAUCACUUCAGUCAGAUUUGUCUAGCGAUUCGUUUAUCUGUCAGAUAACAACAUUAUGGUAUUUUAUCAGAAAGUGGUGAAACGUGGGUGAAACAGACCCAUCCUAUAUUUGGUAAGUAACAACAAGAAAACAUAAAUAGUUAAUUCAUUUCCAUAGACAAAGUAGUGUAAGCACACAUUUAUUUUGUACUGAAAUACUAUAGAUAUUGUAAAGCUUUUUAAUCUAUCGAUCGAUGUUGUAUUUUUACGUUUGUAAUUGCGUAGUUAUAGUUAUAUUGAUAACGCAUUAUAUUUUAGUGAGCUCAAUAGUAUAAUCAUCUUUGUGUUUGGUCCUAAAUCGCGACUUUCGUACAUUUUUAGAUUUAUUUAGUGGAAUAUAGAAACCCACAAUACAAUAAUUUUUGUUACAAUAAAAAAAAACACAACAUUGAGUUGUCACACUUUUUGGUUUAUUAUCUACAGUUACUAUUCCAACAUAUAGAUAUUUAAGUAUUUUUAUAUUUCUAUUUCUAUUUUAUAUUUUAAAGAUCUUUAUAUAGUUUUAGUAAAUAGACUACAUUUAAAUUCAAUAAGGCUGUGAAUGUGUGUGUAAACCUAAUGCACUUAUUCAGCACUAAGACAUCUUCGCUCUCAUUAUUUUUUUAUUAUUAUUUAUUAUCUGAUUUAGAAGCUGUGGCGUUUUCUUAUGAGGGUUUUACCUGUUAUUUGACGUAAAAAAUUUGUUAAAUGCUGUGGGAUAUUUAUCAUAAAAUUAAAUAGGGCAGGGAAUAGCAAUUUUUAGAAGUAUUAAUUAAGUAUGUUAUUUUUUAAGUUAAAAUAAGUGCAGAAAAUCAACGUGCCUUAUAUUUUACUCGCUGUGACUAUUUUACAAAAAUAGCUGUUAACAUUUUGGAGGUAUGUAUGUUAAAUGCGUCGGAAUAAGCGACCCUUAGGUAGGUACAAAUCUAUUUUUGUAAUAAUUUAAGAUAAACAUUCCAAAAAUAUUUAAGUUUUUGUGAUGUUACUUAUAUGCCUGGAUUGCUCAAUUAAUUAAAUUGUAUCUAUUAAAGGUCUCCGGUAAUAAAUUACUUAUAAAAAUAUU